UCAAAACUCAAUCGCAUUUUCUCGCCUCCCAAACAAACGAGACUCUACUUGCACAACACAACCGCUCCCUCUCUCCCUCCCUCUCUCUAAAAACUGAUCUUUCUCUCUCUUGAUCUCUACAAAAAUGGUGAUAGGUGAUAAUCUCAGAACCUGCGUGGUCUUAGGAGGCCGAGGCUUCGUUGGAAGAACACUCGUUCUUAGACUCUUGAAACUCGGCAAUUGGAUCGUCCGAAUCGCCGAUUCCGCUCAGUCUCUCCAACUCGAUCCCUCUGAGCACAAUUCCAUUCUCUCCGAAGCCCUCGCUACUGAUCGCGCUUCCUAUUUCCAUGUCGAUGUUCGCAAUAAACCUCAAAUCAUCAAAGCUAUUGAGGGUUCAUCUGUUGUAUUUUAUAUGGAGGCUACUAAUUCAUACACAAAUGAUUUCUAUUUUUGCUACACGAUCAUUGUUCAAGGUGCAAAAAAUGUUGUCAAUGUUUGCAGAGAGUGCAAAGUUAAACGGCUAAUAUACAACAGUUCUACUGAUGUGGUUUUUGACGGUUCGCAUGAUAUACAGAAUGGAGAGGAGUCCUUGCCAUAUCCUCGGAAAUUUGAUGACAUGCUGAGUGACCUCAAGGCCCAAGCAGAGGCACUGAUCCUGUUUGCUAACGAUAUUAAUGGCCUUUUAACAUGUGCCCUUCGUCCUAGCAAUGUCUUUGGACCUGGAGAUACACAACUUGUACCAUUUUUAGUGAAUAAAGCAAAAUCUAGUUGGGCAAAGUUUAUUAUAGGAAGUGGGGAAAACAUGUCUGAGUUCACCUAUGUGGAGAAUGUUGCCCAUGCCCAUAUCUGUGCAGAAGAAGCUCUAUGCUCUCGAAUGGUUUCUGUGUCCGGAAAGGCUUUUUUCAUCACAAAUCUUGAGCCAGUGAAGUUCUGGGAUUUUGUCUCUCUCAUUCUGGAAGGCUUGGGGUAUCAGAGACCCAUGAUCAAACUUCCUGCAUGGAUAGUCUGGUAUAUUGUUUUGAUUGCCAAAUGGAUGUAUGCUAAGAUGGAGUACAGAUUACAUGACAAUUCUAUGUCAGUUCAUGGAAUUUUUCAAUUAGCUAUAUGCACUAGAACUUUUAACUGCGCUGCUGCUAAAAAACAUAUGGGAUACUCACCAGUUGUCUCCUUGGAAGAAGGGGUGAAGUUAACUACUGAGUCAUUCUCACAUUUAGCUGAAGACCCAUAUAGUAAGAGAUGCAUUGAUUCUGAUGAAGAAUCAAAAGUGGAAAAGCUGCUAGGCAGUGGGAAAGUUGCAGAAAUUUUACUCUGGAGAGAUGAGAAGAAAACAUUUACAUAUUUUCUUGUCCUGGUUCUGCUGUUUUAUUGGUUUUUCCUCUGCGGAAGAACUUUUGUCUCGUCUGCAGCUAAGCUUCUGCUGCUUUUUGCAAUUUUCCUUUACGGAUAUGGUAUUCUUCCUUCGAAUGUGUUUGGCUUCACAAUUCCGAGGAUAUCCUUAUCCUGUUUUCAGAUCUCAGAAGUAGAUAUGAGAAAUUCAAUUACAAGCAUAGCAUAUAUGUGGAACAGUGUGAUUCAUGUAACAAGGUCAUUGGCUCAAGGAGAGGAUUGGAAUAUUUUUUUAAAGGUAGCGCUUUCUCUCUAUUUCCUCAAUUUGAUGCUGUCGCAAUACUUGACAGUUGCAAUUGGUGCAGCGUUGGUCCUUGCAUUCACUUCAUUUUUUGUUUACGAGCAAUAUGAGGUGGAAAUUGAUGCAAUUACGAAGGUCCUGUUCAACAGCACAAGGGAAAUCAUGGGAUUAUUGAUGAGGAAUCUUCCCACAAACAUGACUUCAUUUCUCCAUAGCUAUGGAACCUUGCAUGAAAGGCAAAGGCCUGCUAUGGCAAAGCAUUUUGGAUAAAAGGCCAAAAAUGUAUUAUAUCUUAGUGAGGAGGUUAUGCUACCUAUUGGAUUAGGACUGAUCGAUCCAGAAAACUAGAGAUGGUUGGGGGUUCAAUGGCCAAUUUUGUCCACGGGGAAAAUUGAAAGCAUGUGUGAAUCUUUUUUGCAGAAUGAGCCGGUCAUUUCAUUAUUUGUUCUAAUGUAUUAUAUGGCUUCCAUCAAGAAAUAGACAUCUGAAGUACGACAUCAGGCAUACAGGGACUACUUUUAUGUUUCUGUUACGAGUAUAUAACAUUGUAUAGUUUUGCGUUCGUUUCGAAGUUCUGAAUUUUGUUGAGGGAUGAAAAGAAUUUCCCAUCUUUGAAUUGGUUUAUUCUGCAGCUGCAAAGGUACCAUGAAACUAAAACGAGAUGGUUUGAUCUCUUGUCAAUGAAUCAAAUUUUCUGC